GCGGUCGCGUGUUACAACACACACAGGCGGCGCCUCCGAUGCUGCCUCUGACAGGGUUCACUAGCAGACGAUAAGCAUUACGGCCACUUCUGUAUGUAGCAGGCCUUUCAGCCGCCAAACACCUUGCAUUGCUUCCGUUUUGGACUUCAACAUGCGUACGAAGAUAGUGGAAUGCGUGCCCAACUUUUCUGAGGGCCAGGAUCAAGAGUACACGGGCCUCUACUAUCUCUUCUCCGUCGAAAUGUUAUUGAUGAGAAUUGCAAAAGCCAUUAAGACAACACAAGGCGUAUCUCUGCUGGGUGUUGAUCCAGGCUCUUCAACCAACCGAACUGUGUACACCUUUGUGGGCUCACCCGAUGCAGUAAUCCAGGGAGCACUCAAUGCUGCCAGGGUUGCCUACAAACGUAUUGACAUGACAAAGCACAAAGGAGAGCAUGCCAGGCUUGGGGCCCUGGAUGUCUGCCCAUUCAUCCCCGUUCAAGGUGUCGAGAUGGAGGAAUGUGUCUAUUGUGCCAGAAAGUUUGGAGAGAAGCUUUCAGCAGAGUUGAACGUGCCCGUUUACCUCUACGGCUUUGCGGCACAGCAGGACUAUAGACGUAGUGUGCCACAAAUUCGUUCAGGAGAAUAUGAAGGGCUGUGUGACAAGAUCCUAAAGCCUGAAUGGAGACCCGACUAUGGACCGUCAGAGUUUGUGCCACGAUGGGGAGCCACCAUGUCAGGUGCUCGUAAGUUCCUCAUCGCAUACAACAUCAACAUCCUCUCUACCAAGGAGCAGGCACACCGCAUUGCCCUUGACAUAAGAGAGGAAGGAAGGGGAAAAGGACAGCCGGGUCUCCUCAAGAGCACACAGGCUGUAGGCUGGUGGCUCGAAGAAAAUAACAUUGCACAAGUGUCGGUGAAUGUCUUGGACCAUGACAUCACACCAGUUCAUGUCGUGUAUGAGGAGAUUUCAAGAAUUGCAAGAUCAUUAAAACUAGCAGUCACAGGCUCCCAGAUAGUGGGCGUCGUUCCUCUCAAGGCCAUAUUGGCGGCAGCUGAAUUUUACAUGAAAAAGGAAAACCUUUUUGUUCUUGAAGAGGACCAGAAAGUCCACCUGGCCAUCAACAGGCUUGGUCUCAACUCACUCGGCCCAUUUGAUCCAUCGGAGCGCAUCAUCGAAUACAUGCUGCCUGAUGACAGACUGGGCCCGCUGGCACAGAAAACCUUGUGCCAAUUCAUUCACGUUGUCGGAGCCAGGACACCCACACCAGGCGGUGGUUCCGUUGCUGCUGCAGUAGCUUCUCUCGGUGCUGCUCUGGGAGCCAUGGUAGGCAAGAUGACCUAUGGCAAGCGUCAGUGGGAGCGCUACGAUGACCAGAUGCGUCGACUCAUUCCCAUAAUGCAUCACACCAUGGAUGAACUGCUGCCCAUGGUAGACGCUGACACGGGGGCGUUCAACGACUACAUGGCUGCUCACAAGUUGCCCAAGAACACCCAUGAAGAGGAAGAAGUCCGUGAGGCUGCAAUGCAGGCUGGCCUAAAGAAGGCAAUUGCCGUCCCGCUGGGCGUGGCUCGGUCUGUCAGCAAGCUGUGGGACACUGCCAGGGAACUGGCCUCCAUCAUCAACAUCGGCGCAAGAGCAGACUUGCAGGUUGGGGCGCGCUGCCUAGAAACUGGGGUGUUUGGAGCCUACUGGAACGUCAUUCUGAACUGUCAAGGCCUGCAAGAUGAGGUAUACAGGGACGAGGUCAUGAAAGAAAUUGAACAGUAUCGGCAGGAUGCAAUAAAAGGCUGCGCCGAUGUGCUGGGCAUUCUAGAGAAGCGCAUUUCAUAGGUGUGGAGAUGCCAGUCUACCCUACUUAAAAUCAAAGCAUUCCUGAAUUUUACUAUUACUGCCAACACAUAUUGUUGUGCAGGUGCACGUGUGAGAGACAAGUUUGGAUGCAGUUUACAGUGCAUUUAUACACUUAUACAUUUUUAUACCUCCUGGAUUUACCAUAUACACAUGUGUUGCGUCUUACACAACAGCUCUUUGACUGUGGUUGGGCUCACGGUAAUGGAUGCUUGCAGUGACAAAAGAUAUAUAUUUUCUGGGCAUUUUGCAAUGAAAAGCUCGUAAAGUCACACUUUUGUGACUGUAAUGUGGGAGCAAGCUAUUUUUCAGACAAUGUCUAGGACGGACUGUCUUGGUUUUAUUUUGUCUGCACUUGUUGUUUCUUAUAUAGUUCUUUUCUUGCAACAUUAAAAAUGUUGCUCAAAAUGCAUUAAUUAAAGUAUAUAUAAUGUAGCAUCUUAUUUACCUUAUUGCUGUGUCACACCAUGUUAUCUGCGAGAGUAUUGUGUUCCUUCAUAUGUUUUUCCUAAAAGGCAAAGAGCGACUGAGAAAGGUCUGCGUGCACUUAAGACACAGUACACCUGGCAUGGUCUGUGUACAUCUGCCGUGUUUUUAUUGCCAAAUUAUUGCAGCAACACAAGUGUAUCGAGUGCAUUCCAAAUGACUGAAAAUAUGACAGCGUCAAGCAACUUCAGUACUUUCACUUAGUAAUGAGAGCUUUUGUUGAAGCUUUAAUGCAUCAAUACAUUGAAUAAAAGAUUGGGUAAUUUGAAAAUGCCUAAGUUGCACAGCAUGUGCUUAAUGUCAGCAGCAAAGGUUCACUAGUGUGGUAACCGAAAGCGCGCAACCGAUAUUAGCUAAGCCGGUUAUAGCUGCCGAACUGGGAGUACAGUACAAAACAUUUUACUGUACUGAAAUGACACAGGUUUCAUGUUUUUUUUCUAAGGCACUAUAGGACAUUUGGAAGCUGGGCUGAAUAUUCUUUGAGCUAUUUCAGAGCUGGCAUGUUCAUUGUUCUUAAGAGGAAAAGUGAAAACAAAUGUUGCCUGCUGGUCGGAGUACAUUGUUGCCUGCUGAAACAUCUCAUUGCUGGAUUAGAGUGCCAACUGUGCAUGUACAAAGUUGGUGAAGUGAAGUUGGUCCUUUCAAGAGUUUCCAUAACAUAUGAAAGUUUCCUGAGAUAUGUUUCUUGGCCCAUAGCUUGCAGACUGCAUAGCAGCUGAGGGGCACAAGCGUUUCAUGAUGCAAAAGUAGAGCUUUUCACGUGGGGAAUAUGUCGAAAACAAAAAUGUAUUGACAAGUGGUAUGCCUGGGCAUUAGUAUAAUGACGCACCUAUGUUCCUGACAUGCAGUCUACCAUGAAUGGAAUAAUGAAGGAAUGGCGUUCAAGUAACAAUGGUCACUAGUGCAGCAGCCUUCAUGUGAGCAGGACCAGCAUGUCCUAGAUAACUUGUACUACUGCCAGUCAUGUAAAAUGAAGUCGCAAGUGCAUGAGAUGGGUGGCUUGUAGAAUAAGUAUACAUAUUUUAAUGUCACCACCACUGUGUGUACGUUAGGAGACUGUGGAGAGCUGCAAGCUCCUUUUUUGUUACACAGAACAUUUACUAUACUUACUGAAGUCAAACUGUGUUUUGUGGUGGUAGACAUAACAUAAGCAUUGUUUGUAAAUCUCAAGGAUGUGUCCCACACCUAUACGUCAUAUCACUCUGAUGCUCAACAUGUACAAUCCGUACCAAGCCCACGAGCUGCAUGGAGACAUGGGCAGCUGCACUGUAGCGAAAGCAUGGCAGACUCAAUGACAGCAUAAUUGCGGGGUUGUGGACAAAGUAUUGUGAUUUGUAUCCUAAAACACACACUCCUGGUGAUAAAGUAUUUUGUCAAAUGUGUUCCUAUGUGUAGUGUCAGUGCUGCAUGGCUAAAGUUGUAAGCUGCUUUUUAUCACAACUUUUGAUCAAAAUGUAUAAGCAAUAAAGCAUGGAGGAAAUGCAAGGU